AUGACAGCAUCGGUCUGUGAGGCACCUCAAGAGCUCACAUACGUUACUUCCUAUCCCCUUCCCUCCCAUUCUCAGGUGUUUGACGACGCGUAUAAAUCCGCCUUCAGCAUCGUCAUUCUCGACGACAUAGAGCGACCCUUUGAGUAUGUGUUUGACGAUGCGUAUAAAUCAGCCUUCAGCAUCGUCAUCUUGGACGACAUAGAGCGCCUCUUUGAGUAUGUCAGCAUCGGCCCGCGCUUCUCCAACCUCGUGCUGCAGUCACUGCUCGUGCUCGUCAAGAGGCUCCCACCUGAGGGUCACAAGCUGUACGUGAUUGCAACCACGAGCCUCCCAGAGGAUCUUCAGCAGGCCAUGCACCUCUCCUCCUCUUUCAACACUGUUCUCACCGUGCCCACGCUCUCACGCAUCGAAACCAAGGCGGCGCUGAGGGAACUGGAGGUGUUCGAAGCAGACGACAUUGACACUGCUGUGGAUGCCCUUCACUCCACAGUGGAAGAGUGGAAGAGGCCACUGAGGGAGCUGGACGUGUUUGAAGCAGACGACAUUGAUACUGCUGUGGAUGCCCUUCCCUCCACAGUGGAAGAGCUGGACGUGUUUGAAGCAGACGACAUUGAUACUGCUGUGGAUGCCCUUCCCUCCACAGUGGAAGAGGUGAGCUUUGCACCACAAUGUACCGCACUGCACCGCACCACACUCACUGCACUGCCACUGAGGGAGCUGGACUUGUUUGAAGCAGACGACAUUGAUACUGCUGUGGAUGCCCUUCCCUCCACAGUGGAAGAGAUGACCAUCAAGAAGCUCCUCAUGUUCAUCGAGAUGGCUUCUCAGGGCUCCACUGCUCCCCAUCCAUAG